UCCAACCAAUCACAUGAUAUCUAACAGCAGGGAAUCUUAAGUAUAAAUAUGCCUGGGAGGCUGUGCAUCUGUCCAGUGCUGCUUGGAGAGAGUGCGUAAAGGUGCUGUCCAUUUCCAAAUGUGUAAACGUCUACAAAGAUACAUCAGAAGAAAUGUUUCUCCUUCUUUAUCUGAGCUUUUGGAGUGUGCUGGGUUCACACAGUCAGAGCCUGAGUGCAACAACAACAUCGCAAGCAUUUGUGACACCUGGAGACGACAACGGCCAGUGCACGACCUGUCAGUUUAGACAGCAGAGUAAACUCAUGCGCUUGCACUCCAUCAAGUCUCAGAUUUUGAGCAUCCUGCGUCUAGAACAAGCUCCGAACAUCAGUAGAGACACGGUCAAGCUACUCUUACCCAAAGCACCUCCACUGCAGGAGCUUCUCGACCAGUAUGACCAAAAUGGAGGCAUUGGUGAGAAUGAGGAACAAGGCAGCAGUGAGACCAUUAUUACCAUGGCCACAGAACCGCAAGCCAUCGCCCAUCUUGAGGGAAUGCCGAAGUGUUGCAUUUUCUCACUGAGCCCAAAGAUUAUGCCCGACAGCAUCCUGAAGGCCUUGCUCUGGAUCUAUCUCCGACCAGCUGAGGAGCCAACCACAGUCUUCAUCCAGAUAUCUCACCUGCGGUCAUCUUCUGAAGGGAACAGCCACUCAAGAAUACGUGCACAAAAAAUUGACGUGAAUGCCCGGACAAACUCCUGGCAGCACAUUGACAUGAAGAAGCUGUUGCAGUUGUGGCUCAAACAGCCCCAGAGUAACUUUGGGAUAGAAAUCAAGGCCUUUGACACGAAUGGAAAUGAUAUGGCUGUGACCUCUCCAGAAUCUGGAGAGGAAGGACUGCAACCCUUCUUGGAGGUGAAAAUAUCAGACGCUGGCAAGCGGUCCAGAAGGGACACUGGCCUUGAUUGCGAUGAGCAUUCCACCGAGUCUCGUUGCUGCCGGUAUCCACUCACCGUCGACUUCGAUGACUUCGGGUGGGACUGGAUAAUUGCGCCCAAGCGCUACAAGGCCAAUUACUGCUCCGGUGAAUGCGUGCAGAGGUACCCUCACAGUCACAUCGUUAACAAGGCCAACCCUCGAGGCAGCGCAGGCCCCUGCUGCACACCAACCAAGAUGUCACCCAUAAACAUGCUGUAUUUCAAUGACCGUGAGCAGAUAAUCUACGGAAAAAUCCCUUCAAUGGUCGUAGACCUUUGCGGCUGCUCUUGAGCCCAAGGGCUUUUCUAGUCACUAUGACAGCAAGCCCUAACUGCUUUGGACCAGAGGGAAGUGAAAACAACCUUUACCUUGUCCCUUACGAAAUAGUUCCUGCUAAAACAAUUGACCACACCGGGUCCCAACAAGCCAACUUAGCCAAAUCUUUUUGUUUGUUCUCAUCAACUGUUGUACACAAGGACAGUAAAAGGUGACAAGGGUUUCUUUAUUGAAGGUAUAAGGGUUCCUCUGUGAAAUCAUUUGAGCAUAGAGAUGACCUGAUGGGCUUUACCAGUGUGAUUUCAGAAUGUACAAAUUGCAAAAAGUACUUUUAAGUUUUAAAUUAAUUUUAAAGGGGGUUGU